GGUUCUCACUCCGACUCCGAGCAUUUUUGUCGGCAGGUAUGGUGGAGGCAGAGAGCUAGAGGGAGAGUGGACUCAGUGGAGUGAGGUUUUGAAGACACAACGACACGUGCAGCACGUUCCUGUUUUUCCAGCGGUUUCAUGGCAGGAGCUGAGUAGAAUACAGCCGUCGGUGCAACGUUACUUGCCAAGCCGUCCGACCUACUGUAUCACUAUGCACUACCCAGGUCUGUGAUCAACCAUGGCAUGUAGGGAUCAAGAUCCAACAUCCCGAGACAAGGGUGAUGGUGACUCUCUAGAUCACGUGCAAGUAGGAUUUCUGAUUGAUCCUGAUAAAGACUAUCCACUGGAGCGACUAUUCUCUGAACCCAUUGCGGAGUUGAUCAGGGCAUGUGUUGAUGGUGAUCAGGAAGCCGUGCCUUGUAAUGUUAAGCCAGGAGACGAUGCUAAGCCUGGCUUUAAUCCGAAGGAUAUCGAUGUAAAGGCAGCUGGACUACUGUCUUCACCGAACCAAGUCAAUGUCACGCGCAUCAGGCUAGUAACUGGCAAGGAAGAUGAUGGCAGUGAUGAGGCGAUUGCAUACUUCAUCAGCGUUGAAAGGGACUACCCGUUGGAGACUUUUGUUUCGCCACCUUUGUUCCUCAUGAUGCUUGCAUGCCGGAGGGACGAUCAUGACGACCUUCAGCGUCUUUUGACAAUCAACGUUGCCGGCACACAAGCAUUGGAUCCCGAUUUGCGGCGUGUGAAGUCCGCAGUUUGGCACACAAAAGAGCAUAAACAUGUUCAUGUGACUCUUCUGGGCGCUCUCAUGACGGUUGCAACAGCAUUUGAAAGCAAGCGAUGUGCUGAGUUGAUGUUAUCGUAUGAUGAUGCUUCUUUGUCAGGACAUUGCCCUGUCUUUGGAAAUCAGUGUGGGGAUUGUGAAAAGAAGGUGUGUGCAUCGAGGUGCACAAUCCAUUUCACAGCACACCAUGAUCCAAUUGACAAGCUGCUCAACAAAAUAGAAAAUGGGGGCAAUGUGACAGAAGAAACCAAUGACGCAGGCCCAAAAAUGGCAGCAGAUGAACUCAGUGACUCGGAGGAGCGUCAGCUUGACGACCAAUGGGAACGUGUCGACCGAUUGGAACUUGACGACCGAUGGUCGAUUUUUCAAGAGAUGCCUCCUUCCAUAGUGUCUCUGCUGCACAUUGCUGCAAUGGUAGGAGAAGAUCCAUUCAUUUGCGAGCUACUGAUUGGGCAUGGUGUGGAUGUUGAUGUCACGCUUAAGCCUGAGAAUGGAAGAACACCUCUUCACUUUGCUUGCCGUAAUGAUUGUCGAAUCGAUAUCGUGCGAUUGUUGCUUGAGAAGGGUGCCAACAUAGAAGUGAAAGAUGAGGUAAGUGUUUGAAUAUUUACUACCGAUGCAUAAUACAUACUGUAUAGCAGGAAAUUUUCGGACGGAAUUUAUUUUCGUACGAUUUCGUACACGGCCUCUUUGAACUAAAAUUAAUUCCGUACUAAAAGUGGUUCACGUGAAAUUAUGGACACUAAACAUUGGGUACUGCUUGCAAACACGUGCAUUUAGCAUGCAGCGCUAGCGAGCUGUACGAAAAUAGAAUUCGUACGAAAGGUCGAAAUUCGGCUUUGUUCGAAAAUAUUUCCGUCCGAAUAUUUCAUGCUAUACAGUACCUGCCUAGCAGAGAUCGGGACAAUGACAUACCUAGAUAUGAAAAUGUAUACAAAUGUAGCUCGAUAUUGGGACGGUCCCGGCCAAAUCGGGAUGGUUGGCAGAUACAGUUGAACAUCGAUUAUCCGACCACCUCUGGGCAGACAACUGUCAGGCGGUGUUCAGAUAAGGCAAAUGUUCUGGAUAAGAAAAA